AUGAGGACCCACGCUGAAACAUUAAGCGUUUUAUAUGGCGCUGUUGUUGUUUGUAUAUCCUAUCGGUUGGCUCCCGAGUUCAAGUUUCCAACUGCACCGAAUGAUGUUUGGGAUAACUUGAAGUGGUUAUCCAUCCAAGAGAACGCGCAAUCUCUCGGUGCAGAUUUGUCUACCGGUUUUAUUGUUGGCGGUACUUCCGCUGGAGCGAGCCUGGCGGCCGUCGCAGCCCAAAAAUGGGUCACUCAAGCAGUAUCCCCUCGUAUGACUGGACUCUGGCUAAACAUGCCCGUCUUGCUUGAAGAGCAAUACGUUCCUGAUCAAUACAAGGAACUGUGGUUCUCUAGGGAACAGAAUGCGGACGCGAUUAUUCUCAAUAAAGCGUCGCUAAAAUUCACUCGGUCGUUAUAUGAACCAGAUAUCAACUCGCCCGAAUACUCACCUUUCAACGCCGAAAGUCCGCAUCAAGGUCUCCCACCUGUGUAUCUACAGGUGAAUGGAAAUGAUCCGGCAAGGGAUGAUGGACUUAUCUAUGAGAAAGUGCUGCGCGAUCAUGGAGUUCAAACGCGAAUUGACGUGUAUCCUGGCAUUCCUCAUGGAUACGAUGAUGUUUUUCCACAGCUGGACUCAUCCCGCAAACAAAGAAGGGAUAUUUUGAAAGGGUUCGGUUGGUUGCUGGGGAAAGAGGUUUCGGAGGAAGACUGCGCUGAAGCUGAUCACAAAGUCAGAUCGACGUAG